CCACCUUUCCCCUCCCUCCGUUGCGUUCGUCGUUUCUUUUCCUCCGUCUGCCCGUCGGCGUCAGGCAGGCUCACCCGAAUCCCGCAACCAAAUUUCGAACUCGCCACCGGCCGAAAAAGGAUUCCACUUCCACGGGAUCGAAAGCAACAGCCUCGAUCCAUACAUCCAGCUUUUCUCAAAGCAGAACGGGCGUUAAAACCCUAGCUGGAUUGGGCGGAGGGGGCCCUUCCGCCAUUUGCCCGCUGCUAGAGUAGUUGCGUGCUCCGGAGGCUUCCCGUUCGUGUUCGUGGGACGGCGGCGGCGGCGGCGGCGGCGGCGGAUUGGGUGAGGAGCCCGGCUCUCCGGCGAUCCCGGGAGUCGCGCAUGAGAGUACCGCAGAUGACAAGGGUCAUCCAUGACUCGGGAGAAGGCAUGCAGAAAGAUGCACUUGACAUGGUAUCCUCUGAUGUUAACUUCCCCAAGGGCCACUUUCCAGACUACAGGAUUGGGCCAAACAACCAAAUCAUUGACCCAGAGGAGACGCACGAGGUUGUGCCUUUGAAGGAGAUUGUUGCGAAAGAAACAACACAACUGCUAGAGCAGCGAAAGCGGCUGUCAGUGCGUGAUCUCAGGGAGAAGUUUGAGAAGGGUCUGUCUGGUGCCUCCAAGUUGUCUGAAGAGGCUAAGCGGCGAGAAGCAGCUUCCCUGGACAGGCAGGUUCUUCUGAAGAAGCUCAGAGAUGUUCUAGACACGCUGAAAGGCCGUGUGGCUGGUCGAAACAGAGAUGAUGCUGAUGAAGCUAUCUCGCUGGUGGAAGCACUAGCAGUUCAACUUACUCAAAGAGAAGGUGAAUUAAUUUAUGAGAAGGCUGAAGUAAAAAAGUUGGCUAGCUUCCUCAAGCAGGCUACUGAAGAUGCCCGAAAGGUAGCUGAAGAGGAAAGAGCUCUUGCACUCGCUGAAAUUGAAAAAUCUAGAGCUGCAAUAGAAAAAGUUGAGAAAGCGUUGCAGGAGCAGGAUUCAGCAUCAAGUAGCAGAGAGAAGGAGGAGAUAGAGGAACUUAGGAAAGAGAUUCGAGAGGCUAGACGAAUAAAAAUGCUACACCAGCCAAGCAAGGUAAUGGACAUGCAGUUUGAGCUUCAGGGACUGCGUACACUUAUAUCAGAAAAAACACAGCUUUGCAAUCAGUUAAAGAAAGAGCUUGCCAUGAUCAAGAGGCUUGAACAAGAUAGCUCUAAACUCUUUGAGCUUGAAGGUUCUGAUACUCUUGGAUCACAGUUCCGUAUUGUCCCUCGAGUUGAUGGUGCUCCAGACAUCUCAAGCUGUCCAGCUCAGUGGUACCGUGUAAUUUCCGGAAGCCACAGAGAGCUCGUAUCGGGUGCAACGAGACUUACUUAUGCUCCAGAGCCAUUUGAUGUUGGCCAAUUGUUGCAAGCAGAGAUAAUUUUGAAAGCAGAUAAAGUUACGGUUCAGACAGAUGGCCCUAUAAAUCAUGCUUCAGGACUGGAACAUUAUGUGGAAUCGCUAAUGAAAAGGGCGGAUAUUGAGUUCAAUGUGGUAGUAACCCAAAUGAAUGGGAAUGACUACGCAUCAAAAUCUGUCCAUGUAUUUCAUAUUGGAAAGCUGAGAGUGAAGCUUCGGAAAGGAAGGUCUACAAAAGCAAGGGAGUCAUAUUCCACCACAAUGAAGUUGUGUGGAAGCCGAGGUGGUGGUAAUGCUGCGGCCUGUGCAGUCUUCUGGCAAACUAGGAAAGGCCUAUCCUACACUCUAGCUUUCGAGACGGACAGGGAUAGGAAUGCCGCGAUUAUGCUUGCUCGGAAAUUUGCUUCCAGUUGCAACGUUGUUCUUGCUGGACCAGGCGAUCAAGUCCACGGUGGUGGCUGAUAAAGUAACCGUGCCCGGUUUGACGGCGCUGCAUAUAUUAUUAGGUUGUGAAUUUGGGUGCUUGUGUAUUCAUAUUUGUGAGAGUAGGAGGUUGAUCAAGUCCACGAGGUUUUUCCCCUUUGGACACGUCCUGUGAAGGCAAUCUUUUUAUUUGCCUGCCUGCAGCUGUUAGCAAAUGCUCUAAAGAUGUGCAGCACACGCCGAUUGUAUCUUGUGUAUUUACAUAUUUGCAACAUUUGAGAGAGAAAAAGGAAAGAGUCCUUUUAGUGUAGUGCCCAGGGGCUUUCCUUGAGUUAUCAAGAAAUGUACAGAUGAGAGAACCUUUUCAUCCACGCUGUAAUUCUUGUCCUUGCUGCGAGUAUAAUUAAUGACUUGCACAUGCUUAUUAUAUAUGAUGAUUUUUUGUUGGUA